AACCAGCACUCCAUCAACAGCCUCACUGCAGGAAACUGUACCUCCAAAACCUAUUUAACAGGUCACAAGCCAUGUAUGUAUUUACAUGCAAAAUGAGUGAGUAGGUGAUGAUGGGGGAGGGGUUUCCUGGUGCAGCUUUAGAGAUAGCAGCAGGUUGAGCGCAGAUGCUGAGGGAAAGACAAAGAGGCUGAUGGAGAAAAAACAGCUAGUGACUGGGAAAAAAGAGCAAGGAGGGUGGUAGAGGAGAAAUAAAAGAGAGAGAGGGAGAGCGAGAGAGAGAGUGUAAGGGAGGGAGGGGUGUGCUGGUGAGACCGAAGUUUCAGCUUUAUGCUUCACACACAGAUAUAACAGAAGAUAACACACAGAGAGACGAACAUUCAGGUGAGACAACUCCUCUUCACUACUGCAAGGUGGUUUUCAUUCAGGGACGAGUGACAGGCUGACAUUCUUGGAGGUGGUGAUCUCCCUUUCCAUUGGUGCCUUUACUGUGGGGCACAUCAUUGGACCCAAUCCUGUUCGGCUUUGUCAGGACUAACCCACCAACUUCCUGUGGAGUAACCUUGAUUUACUGUAAAUUCAUGGAGAGCUCCAUUCUCCAUUCUCUACUUGCUGCCAGUCCUCACUUGGAUCCCUGCUCCAGCUACGAUUGGAUCACUACGAUCAGGGUCUUGCCCCAGCCAUCACCUGAGAUAGUUGCUGACCUUUCCCUCCAAGGUCUCCACUGUGGAGAUUGGGACUGAAUAUAUGAAUAAGGGCCAAAGGAAUAUGGGGAGAUUGGUUAUGGGUUAGGGUUGGUGAUGCUGCAGCCUAUCCAAAAUGAACAGAACAACAUACCUGUCAAGAACAUUGAUCAUUUGUGUGCAGGUGAAUUGAGACGGGCAGAUUCACAUUUCUCAUGUUUUGUUUCUCCAGAUACGAUGGUGUUCCCUGCAAGCGUGCUGUUUGGCUUUCUGUGCCUGAGCAACGUGGCCUGUGUGUGGGGUUUUGCUCGUCUCCAGGACAAUGUGGAGCUACGCUCCGCUUUCUCAGUUGCACGCGCCAGCAGCAUGGAAGGUGGACCCAAGAUGACUGUGACCUUUGACACCAUCUAUGUAAACAUCGGCGGGGAUUUUGACCCAAAAGCUGGUGUGUUUCACUGUCGUAUCCCUGGGGCUUACUACUUCUCCUUCACAGUGGGGAAGUUUCCUCACAAAGACCUGUCUGUGAUGCUGAUGAAGAACAGAAACGAAGUGCAGGCCAUUGUCUAUGAGGAAAAUGCUGGCGAAGAGAGAAAGGUGCAGAGCCAGAGUGUUAUGCUGCAGUUGGAGUUUGGCGACACUGUCUGGCUCCGUCUCCACGGUGACCCCCGCUAUGCAAUCUACAGCAACACAGGGCACUACACCACCUUCAAUGGUUACCUCAUCUACCCGGACACCUACGACUACCAGACACACCAUCAACAACAACAUCAGCAGCCCCAGAAAGACAAGGUUCCUUUGUUGAACAGUAACCAGGCCACAGAUGAUGCUGGAUCAAGAGGUCCUGUGGAGAACCCAGAGCAGCAACAUGCAGAGGAAGAGGAAGUGGAGGAGGAGGAGGAGGAUGAUGAUGAUGAUGAGGAUGACCAGAGAUCUGCCUUCUCGGUGGGGCGCACUCAGAGCAUCUUGGGAGUUAACGAGGUGGGUAUGCCUCAGCACCAGCCCAUCAGCUUUGAUACAGCAUUUGUCACCAUUGGAGAAGACUUCAACUUGACAGAGGGUGUGUUCACUUGCCGCGUUCCCGGCGCAUACUACUUCUCCUUCAACGUGGGCAAGCUGCCGCAAAAGACGCUGUCUGUCAAGCUGAUGAAGAACCAUCUGGAGGUCCAGGCGAUGAUCUAUGAUGACAGCCAAGGAGAGAAAGCUCUGCAGAGUCAGAGCUUGAUGUUGUCACUGAAACCCGGAGACACAAUCUGGCUUUACUCGCACCAGAGAGACGGAUUCGGGGCCUACAGCAACCACGCUAAGUAUAUCACCUUCACUGGCUUCCUGGUUUACCCGGACUUCCAUACAACCACCACCACCAGCCAAAAUUAUGCCCACAAGAAACCCUAGCUGAAAAGCAUGGGUUAGGGACUGAACACUGUGGGAGGAAUUCAUGAAAGAUGGAAAAGUCUCUGAGUCCAGACCCAGAAAGUGUUGUGCAGUUUCUGUGAAGAGUGAAGAGGACAGUUGGCUGCUGCUUUGUGAUCGCCCGUGACAAUUCUUAUUCAAAUGAAUUCCCUCACAAAGUCACAGGAACACUGAACUGGGCUCAGAGCUUCAAGUUCCACUCAAUGAUUUUCCAGGAUACGACUUCAUAUCACCUAAAUGUGAAACCUUGAAUGACAGUAAUGUGAAGUGUAAUUGAAUAUUUCACUGUGCAAUUAAACCUCAGUCACUACCUGCUCAUCUCUGUGUACACACCAGGAUCAAAGUAUCAUUAAAUGAAGUAUUUAAGGACACAUUUGAGUUACUAGAAGUUUACUUCAUGUGAAUAUUAAACUCGCUAACAAUUUGUUUAGUUACUUCAUACAUUAAGAUUAUGUGCACAACAUGGAUGCUACAGAUUAAACAAUAAAUACCCAUAAUAUAAACAUUCAAUCACAAUAUAGGAUAUAAUGUGAUUAAGUGACACAGAGAUUAGGAGAUGGCGACAUAAGUUUUCCUUCUUUUAACUGAAAUAUUCCGUUGAGUGCAGUUGUUCUCGUUCAAGAGUUGGUGUUUUCUGCUUGUAUGUAUAAAAAGUCACUUUACUUUGUUUAUGUCUUCAGAGGCAUGAGAAAACAUUAGCGACAGUGUGUCUACAUGUGUCUUUUCUUCAGUUUGGAGUGUUACCUGCCACAGCAGGAGCAGAGGACAAUGGGGCCAAACUGAGUUUUGGAAAGAGUUUUUGACCACAUGCCUUCUCUAAGCCUGCAGGGAUCUGAACCAUAAUUUGAUUUCUAAUUCUAGCAGCGUUUAAUUCAUUUCUUCAGAUGGUGAGCACUGCGGGGAAAAUUGAAUUGCCUCUCCCAGGCCACUGUAACAUGCAUGUCUGUUUAAUUUCACACUGCUGGGAGAAAGAUGAUGUGGUUCAAAAUGUGAUGAACCCUGACUUUAUAAAAUCACCUUCUCUGUUGAAGAGGCACCAAGUGAUAUUUUGAUUGGACACGCAUUUUUAUUAGAUUUGACUGGCUGUGCAUUAAUGAGCAGUUCUUCACUUCUCCCUGCUAUAAACUAUAGUCUAAAAGGCCAGUUGCCUGCAUGUAGGUCACUUCAGACCAGAAAUUGACUGACAAAAAAAAUAAAGGAAUCUUGGUUUCCAUGAUUUCUGCUGCCACGUCUUUAAAAAGAAUAGUAAAUUAGUUUUGUCUGUGAGGAUCCAAGCAUUUUCAAAUCACAAUAAUCAAUAGUUUUGCACAACACUGGAACAAAUGAUGUAAUGUGGAUGGAGUUGCUUAUAGACAAUCAUCAGCUACAGUUCUCUUGAGCCUCUUUUGGCACCAUGAUUCAGUUUCACAGUUUAGAUUCACCCUCACUACACUUACCUUUCUUACCACAACAAAAAUGUUCUGCUAAACCUGCUAUAAGCUACUUAAACAUCGCCAAAUGUCAGACACGCUUAGGACUUUCCCACAAAACUAAGUACAGCAUUUCAUAAGAGUAAUAUCAUUUUCAAGAGGUGAUGAUGGAGACCAAAAAGAUGACAAUGGCUAAUAUUCUAUGUCUGACAGGUGUAAAUAAGCAACAAGCAUGUUUUUGUUAAUACUGUCACCACAACAUUGAACAUUAUAAAGAUAGACAUAGAUGGAUGGCAUUCUUAACUUACUCCCUAUGAAAAAAAGAAGCAUAUUGAGCCAGAUAUUGAGCCAGUUUGCAUAGUCGUUCAUCUGAAGCUGCAGUAGUGAGUUCCCAAAGUGAGACAAAAUUGGAUUAUUAAUUCUUACCUACAUAAAAUGGCAGAGACCAUCUUUUCUUCUUCUUUUUUAUCUGCAAACAUAUAAGAGGCUGGGGUUAUCACCUGUACCGCAGGGGGUGAUCCAGAUUCACUUCACUUUUGGAAGUGGUCUUAUCAUGAUUCCACUUGCCCCAAGGGGCCAAAUACGUUUUAAUUCAGCUUUACGGCAACAUCUCUGGUACUCUCAACAACCCACAGUAAUGUAUUUUAUUUUAUUGAAUUACUUUAUACUGAAGAAUGGUCCGUAUGUGAAUUGUCCAGGGCAACAGAAAAUAUGAAACAGAGCAGAAGUCUGCGCUCACCAAACCAAACGACAACAACAAAGCUAUAUACAGCAUGUGGAGAGAUUCUACUAGAUAUGGAGGACGUGUCUUUCUUAAUUUGGAUCACUAAAUUCAAGCUCACUGUAAAUGGGGAAAAACAUAUUUUCAAACUUCUAAUUGAUAACCCUCCAUGGAGCUUAAACAAUGAAUCUCAGAUGUUCAUAAGAGGAUGGCAAAAGAAAAACAAAGCAAAACACAAGUUAUUUUUAUGCCUCUAAGUACUGAAAACUAUCUAAGAAGAGAACACCACUCUUGGGUUUAACAGUAUACAACCUGUGGUAAGAGGUUAUGAACAGACCUUGCUCAUAGGUCCCCACCUUUGAGAUAACCACAUAUACAUGUGUAAAUGUAACAUUCAAUUAUGUCCUGGUUUUACUUAUUUUCAUAUGAAAGCGCGGCCAUUUUCAUGUCUACAAAACCUUCCUCUUCAAAUAAUCUGAGAGGCUUAAACUACUCCUGAUUCUGAAAACCAGUGAGAGGAACUCUGCUGUUUGAACUGUGAAGUCAGACUGUUGCACUGCAGCAGUGUUCAUCACCAUGCCACUAAUUAGCAGGUUGGACGACAGCAACUGAUUCCGUGAUGAGGCAGUUAAUGCGCCACACUUCCGAAAAUACUCGGGAGCAGCCGCACUAAUUAUACACGGGUCCCAAGACAGAAAAUAAAUAUAAAUACACAGUAUGCUACACUAUAAACAUUGAACCUUUUAACACAUGAUUGGGCUCGUGCUGGAUUCUUAAAUGUAGCUACUGAAUGAAAAAAAGGAACUGUCACACUGGUCAGCUGAAAUCUCUUGGUUCUGCCCCUGCAGAGUUCAUGUAGCGCAAAAAAAGAAAAUUGAUUUCUUAUCAAACUGUCACAAACAAAGAGAUGCUGAGAAGCACUUCUGCAUGGCAGGAGAGGAAAAAUGACAAGUCAGCUGCAAAUAGAAGCUGAAAAUAAACCUGAAGAUGCUGCAUCUUUGUGUGUACAGGCAAUCCUGAAAACCCACAGGCACAUUGGUAUGACAUAUUGAUAUAUAUUUAUCUAUCCACUUAUUUAUCCAUAAGAGUGCUUCGGCUAUUUUGUCACAUACUCAGAAAGCUGCAGUGACCAGUUAAUGCUUCAGGAACAAUAACUAAUAUUAGAGAAACAGGAUUUGAAUUUGUGCAACAAUUUCACUGGUUAAGCUGCAACGACAGGAUCAAAACACUUAGACCUGUGUAACUUCAAAAAUACUCUCAGCAAAUGUCCCCCCCCUGCUAUUUACUGCUUUCACCAAAACUACAUUUUUAAAUCAUCUAACCUCUGCUCUAUUCAUAGUUUUCUCCUGCUUGAGCUUUCUUUCCAACAGGGUGUUGAUGCAGAACCAAAUCUUCCCUGCUUGAAAAAAGAAAAGGGAAAAAAAGGCCAAUUAAAUAAUAUCAACAGAAACUUGUGAAACAUGACAAAAGAGUGGUCAAGCAUCACCAGGCAGGCUUCUCCGGUCCACGGUUUUAAUGAUCAGGUAACUUUUGUCCUUUUUUGGCCUGCGGUGACUUUUAACACAGUGAGAAAUAUUUGGGGCACUGUGUUAAAAGUCACCGCAGCAAAUCUUUCUUUAAAACAGCAACAAAGUUAAAACUGUGAGAGUGCCUCAGAAAAUGUCACAGUCUAACCCUCUGUGAUUUCUGUUUUAUCUCUGUGACUUAAAACAAUGUAGGUCAGUGAAACACGAUCAGACUAUGAAGGUGAUUCCCAUUAACAACAGUGAAAAAAAAACUCCUGUGCAGAACUCCUGGUGUGUUAAGUGACUUGAGCAUAAUGACAUUCUCACACUUGUGAUGCAUGCAUGUUACUGAAAAUACAAUAAAGGAAAAAAAAUAAAUAAAUAAAUAAAAAGAUGCCGAACAUCUUCCUCGGGCCAUGUCGAUGCCUGCCAACUGUGUAUUUUUAUUUAUAAGUGAAUUAUCUGUGCAGUAAUUGACAAUAUGCUGUAUGUUUCUGGUCUGUGUGUCUUUCUCUCUUGGUACAAUGAUUAAAGAUUGAAGAUUGUAUAUAUAUUAGAAACUACUGUAUGUCAAGUAAACUUAAGUGACAAUGUUACUGAAAACACUUCCUGGUUAUUUCUAAAUUUGGCUUAUGUCCCAACAUUCAAAUAAAAAACAAUUACCGUACCGUUA